AUGAUUACAGUUGGGUUUGGUGAUAUAACUCCUGUUGCUACAAAUGAAAAACUUUUCGUUAUUGUGGAAACAUUAGGCGGGUCUUUAUUAUUUGCGUAUACUGUAAAUACUGUAGGAAGUAUUUUUUAAGAAUUGGCUUAGAAGGAGUCUGAUUUUAAUAAAAAAAAAUACGAAAUUUCAGUUUAUAUGAGAACAAGGAAAUGUUUAAAUUAAUGUAUAGUGCGGAAAUCAUGAAAAAUAAAUUAUGGAAAUAAACGCAGGUAAUUUUUUCGGAUAAACCGAAUUUUUUAGCAAUUUAAUU